AUGAUGCUGAUCGGGUUCGUACUGUUCGCCAUGUGGACCAGGAUUGCCGUGUCGGAACUGCCUCCUGGAGUAACGUCAUGUCCACGAACGAACAACUUAUCGGAAUAUGAUAAAUGUGUUUUAAAGCAAUUACAAGCGAUCACGCCAUAUCUCGCCAAGGGAGUACCCUCUUUGAAAUUACCAGCUUUAGAUCCUUUGUUCCUACCAUCCUUGACUAUAGAUAGAAAUCUAGAAUCCUUAAAAAUUAAGGCCAACAUGAGCCAAAUUCGCGUCUACGGCGGCACAAAUUAUGUCAUACAAGAUCUCAAAGCAAAUCCCAAUGACUUAACGAUUUCCAUAAAGGCUCGAAUGCCUCAUAUGUAUGUAAGCGGCGAUUAUGAUGUUCAAGGCAGACUGUUGUUGCUGCCUCUAAGCGGAGUUGGUAACUUUAAAGGAAAUUUUACUAACACUGAUGCUCAAGUAAAUGCACAAGCCAAGGAAGUUACUGACAAAAACGGCGUGCAACGAAUUGAGAUUGAUAAAUUAGUUGCUAAAAUUCGUGUUGGUGAUGGAAAAAUUGUAUUAAAGUCACCUCCUGCACAUACGUUAGCCGCCAAUGCAGCUGCAACAUUUUUUAACUCGAAUCCCCGUCUAGUCCUGGAUAUAGCCAGUCCAAUUAUUGAGGAUACAGCAGCAACUGUGAGCAAAGCUCUAGCCGCUAGAGCACUCAGUGUUCUUACUAAACAAGAACUCGUUCCUUAA